UGUGCUGGAAGCCGGAUGGACUACAAUUCCCAGAGGGCUCUGCGCACAUUGCGAGCACUACGUGUCUCAGGGCAUUCGCGGGGCAGGGGUGGGGCUGAGGGGUGGGGGCCCCCUGAGGGUUGGGGCGCCAAGUCCUCCACUUACAAGCGCCCUCCUCCAAGAGCCCCGGAGUCCUCUCUCUGCUCACUUCCCGGUCCACUGGUCCCUCAAGCUGCACAGAGUGGUGAAAGCUCCUUUUGUUCAGAGCAACCCAGUUGUUGCUGGGAAGCCAUGGCUCUGCUGACCGGGGAUGUACUGUUUUCUGUGGCCGUGGCUGUGGUCAUCUUCCUGCUCGUGUUUGACUUGAUGCACCGGCGUCAACGCUGGGCUGCUCGAUACCCACCAGGUCCUGUUCCAGUGCCUGGAUUUGGUAACCUGCUGCAGUUGGAUUUCGAGGAUAUGACACACUGCUUCUACAAGCUGCGACAUCGGUUUGGGGACGUAUUCAGCCUGCAGUUUGCCUGGACUCCGGUGGUUGUGGUCAAUGGGCUGGCGGCUGUGCGGGAGGCUCUGGUGAACCGAAGCGAAGACACCUCAGAUAGGCCCACAGUGCCCAGCUUUGCACUACUGGGCUUUGGACCAAAAGCCCAAGGUAUUCUUGCAGCCCGCUAUGGACCCAUCUGGCGUGAGCAGCGGCGAUUCUGUGUGUCCACUCUGCGCAACUUCGGCCUGGGGAAGAAGUCCCUGGAGCAGUGGGUGACUGAGGAGGCCGCCUGCCUGUGUGCUGCUUUUGCCAACCAUGAUGGACAGCCCUUUUGCCCCAACAUCCUGCUGAAAAAAGCAACAUGCAAUGUGAUCGCCUCUCUCAUCUAUGCGUGCCGUUUUGAAUAUGAUGAUCCAAUGGUCAUCAGGCUCGCAGAGUUGCUGGAUGAUGGCUUGAAGGAGGACAUGAACUUGAAGCUUCAGAUAGUGAACUCAAUACCACUGCUCCUGCGCAUCCCAUGGGUGGCUGCCAAAGUACUGCCUGCGCAGAAGUCUAUCUUCGCCUUGAAUAAUGAGCUGUUGGCUGAGCACAACACAGGCUGGGCCCCAGACCAGCCUCCCCGAGAUCUGACUGAUGCUUUCCUGACCGAGAUGCAUAAGGCCCAAGGUAACUCCGAGAGCAGCUUCAAUGAUCAGAACCUUCGUCUAGUUGUAUAUGACCUGUUGACUGCAGGGUUGAUGACCUCCUCUAUCACAUUGUCCUGGGCUCUACUCCUCAUGAUCCUGCACCCGGAUGUGCAGCGUCGUGUCCAAGAGGAGAUUGAUGAAGUGAUAGGGCAGGAGCGACGCCCAGAGAUGGCAGACCAGGCCCGCAUGCCCUUCACCAACGCCGUGAUUCAUGAGGUGCAGCGCUUUGCAGACAUCGCCCCAAGGACUUUUCCCCACAUGACAUCUCGUGACACUGAGGUGCAGGGCUUCCUCAUCCCCAAGGGAACGACGCUCUUCAUCAACUUGUCAUCAGUGCUGAAGGAUGAGACUCUCUGGGAGAAGCCCUUGCACUUCUACCCUGGACACUUCCUUGACAAUGAGGGCCGCUUUGUGAAACGUGAGGCCUUCAUGCCAUUCUCCGCAGGUCCCCGCACAUGCCUCGGGGAGCCCCUGGCCCGCAUGGAGCUCUUCCUAUUCUUCACCUGCCUGCUGCAGCGCUUCAGCUUCUCGGUGCCUGAAGGGCAGCCCCGGCCCAGUGAGCGUGGUGUGAUGUCCUUCCUAGUGUCUCCAUCCCCCUACCAGCUGUGUGCUGUGGCCCACUAGAAGAGGCAUCAUGCCCCCUACUGCCCCUUGAUUGGAUACUCAGUGUACAAUAAACCAGUCUUUCAACUA